UUCUAAGUUCCAACGGUUUUUAUAAACAUAUCCUGAUAUUUUUUGCCUUAGUUUUUAAAAUAUGAGUUUGUGGAAUUUGCCAGCAAUCGAAGAAACUGCAGGUAAAAUUUGUGUAAGAAUACUGAAUAUUGAUGAAAAUGUUCUAAAGAGAAGAAAGAGUAAAGGCAUUUCUUCGAUAUAAGCUUUUGCCGAGAGUUGCACAAGGCCGAAGUGCCGGCAAUUUUCUGAUGUUUUUUUAAGCGAAAACAGAUCGUUGGGUACUUUGGGAGAAGAACAACACAAAAACAAAUUACGGAAUAUUUGAAAAGGAAUAUGUGAUUGUUAUUGUGGCGUCUAUCGUGGUGCUAUCUGUGGGGAGCAGUGGACAGGUGUUCGCCACGUCAGCUUUAAGGGGCCUCCGAUUUUUCCAGAUCCUUCGUAUGGUCCGCAUGGACCGCCGCGGAGGCACGUGGAAGCUCCUAGGAUCCGUGGUCUACGCACAUAGACAGGAGUUGUUUACGACGCUGUACAUCGGGUUCCUGGGCCUCAUUUUCUCGUCAUUCCUGGUAUUCUUGGCAGAGAAAGAAGCGAAUCCAGAUAAUUUCAGCAAUUUCGCUGACGCACUUUGGUGGGGAGUAAUCACUCUCUGUACCGUGGGCUAUGGUGACACUGUCCCGAUCACGUGGCCUGGGAAACUAAUUGCAGCAUUUUGCGCCCUUCUAGGAAUCUCUUUCUUCGCUCUGCCUGCAGGCAUCUUAGGAUCAGGAUUUGCUCUGAAGGUUCAGCAACAGCAGCGCCAGAAGCACAUGAUCAGGAGGAGGGUCCCUGCUGCCACACUCAUCCAGUGCCUGUGGAGGUGCUACGCCUCCGAUCACAAUUCAAUGUCCGUCGCUACCUGGAAGAUUCACCAGGUGCCUCUGCCAUCGCCCCCAACCUUCCCUACAGGUUCGUUCAACAACCCGAAACGAAAAGAUAGACAGGAUGUUGCGCCCACUGGUGGCAGCCUUUUUAAGCAUAACGCGUCCUUUGUGAGUCGGUUUUCCACAAUCAGGCGUCACCGCCCACCUUUCACCCAUUCCCCAAUGACGAGAAGCCGUUGCAGUGAUGUUAACACGUCAUCUGACAACCUAAGUGGCCGAAUUCGUCCAAGCGUUUCCGAAGAUUCCGUUUCGAAGGAUAUUUCGGAAACUUCCAAACGAAAUUCUGACGAAGAAGAAACUGAAGAACCUCGACUCACAACUCUUACAAAUCAACACAAAAAUGCCAUCAGAGCCUUAAGAAAGAUCAAAUAUUUCGUCGCUCGAAGGAAGUUCAAAGAAGCUCUUAAACCUUACGACGUCAAAGAUGUUAUAGAACAAUAUUCCCAAGGUCACGUCGACUUGCUUGGCAGAGUCAAAAGUUUACAAUCCAGGCUAGACCAAAUUCUGGGAAAACCUGGUUCUAAAGCAAAGGAUGUAUACGAGUCCAAAGUAAGCUUAGCUUGUCGGAUUGUUAAAGUGGAGCGGGCAGUGGAAGAAAUCGAGAACAAAUUAGAUCAACUGUUUGAGAUGUAUUUGGAAGAUCGGGGAAAUUUUCCGCAUAAUUACUUAGGAACUCCACAAUCCGUAACGUCCCCAGUCUGCUGCACUCCGCCUCUCCCCCCACCCCCACCACCCAUUGUUCCUAUAUUGUCGGCUGUACCUAAGCCACAUCGUUCAAUUCUCCACAUGGAUCACUCCUCACCAGAAGGGAAUUCUCCAGUGUCAAAAACGUUUCCCAGAAGCAUACACAGGGUUCAUUCUGAUGUAAGUCAGAGAGUCAAAAAGAAAGUCACCUUGAGGCAUUCGCUUGACGGAGAAUCCGGAUGUGCCAGGUCGUAUCCCUUAGAAGAAAGCAACCAAGAGAGUGCCUUCGGAUCUUCUCGAGAGGUUUCUGAGCCCACUGCUUCUAUCUUCUUCAGGGAGGACAGCCAACCAAACUCCCCUGCCACAAAUAUAGCUGCAACUUCUUCAUCCAGUUCUAAACCCAUUUCAGGGGAACAAUAUCCAGCGAAAGAUACCUUUACAUUGGAUGUGCCAGAAGAUGAAGUUUCUACUGGGUGUCAUGGAGAUCAUUUUUCGGACUCCACCUUAGACAAAACAGACGGUGGAGGCCAACCUGAAACUGAAUCUAAUGUUACCAAUACCUGUGAUUGCACUGUUUUUCCUGCACUUACAAAGCAGGACACACAAGAAGAAUGCUUGGAAAUAGAAGAAAAUAAUGCACUAUAGUCCUUACACUUAGUUACUAAGGGGUUUGGAUAGAUUUGUAUGCAUACGAUAGUUCAUUACAGAUAAUUUUCCAGUGCAAAAAUUUUCUUAGACCAUUAAGGAAAUCUUGCAAAUUUGUUCCAUUGUCUUCAUAUUAGGAAACAUGCCUUCAAGGCUAAUAUGCCGUUAUCCCUUUGUUUAAAGUUUCAUGGUUGUACACAAGUUGUACAGUUAUGCUUAGUUAAGUAGUUUUCAAAGUUAAAUUUGCCUCAAAGGGAAAUCAAAUGGAAUCUUUAAUUUAUUGCCACAAAAUGUGAUAUCAUAGCAUAGGAAAAUGAUCUGUAUAGCAGACAUAUUAUGUGUGCUAUAGUUAUUGUUACAGUAAACAGAUGCGAUAUAUAUUAAUAUAUCUGUGGUGAUAAUCACAUGUGAUUUUACACCAAAUUGAUGGCAAAAUUUUUGGGUAAAGUAAAAUUGCAUAUUAGUCAAGAAGAUAUGGUUUCUAUAUUCCCUAUCAAAGUUAUUUGGUUCACUCUUUUAUUCGAAUCAGUGAUUCUCAUUUGGGAUCUAAAAACAUUUUCAUAAGUAUCAUUUCUGCAUCUAGAAUUUCCCUUUUGAGUGAUUUGCUAAAAUUUUGAGAUAUCCUAUUUCACUUAUUCAUAUUAAUUGAAAAUGCCAAUUAAAGUGUUAUUUAACGAAGUACUGAUUGCAAAA